AUGUCCGAUUCCGAGGAAAGCAACAUUAAUCACGCCGUCUUCCGUGACUGCCUCUCCACCACCCUCGUCCGGGCCGAAUCUGUUGGCCUCCCGGAGCGGAAGCGCCGGAGACGAGCCAAGGGUAGUAACUCAAAUGAGACGGCAGCCGUCCCGGUCUCACAGGACUUUAGCCAAGACGCCGAGGAGCUUGCCGAGUUCAUCGACUACUUAGCGACGGAGAUAUUUGAAAACCUUCCGGACGAGAUCAGAGACCUCGAUUACCGGACAUGGCGAGAGUCGGAGGCACUGCAAGCUGAAUACUCGUUCCCUCUGACGGCGAGCAGCCUUUCACACCUCAACCUCCCCCCGUCCAUCUCAGAGACGCUACAAACAUACAACCUUAUCUCUCCGGACCCCACGCUAGACUCGCCUCUGCCUGCCACUGUGGAGGUAUUCCUCAUCCCUAUCCUGACCGCCUACAUCACCUCGCGCAUCGCGCCCCCACCAGCCUCGACGGCUUCACGCACCGACGCCUGCGAGAUCUGCGAGCGGCCCUGGAUCCCUCUGUCGUACCACCACCUAAUCCCGCGCUUCGUCCACGACAAGGUGGUCAAGCGGGGCUGGCACAGCAAGGAAGACCUGCAGAACGUGGCGUGGCUGUGCGGUGCCUGCCACAGGUUCGUGCACCACUUCAAGAAGCACGAGGAACUGGCUAGGUACUAUUACACUGUUGAUCUGCUGUUGGAGGAGGAGGAAGUGCAGAAGUGGGCAGCUUGGGUAGGGAAGCUGAGGUGGAAAGGCGGGAAGACCGUCAGAAGGGCCCGAUAG